AUUAAAGUCAAUGGAGUUAACCUAUUCAUCAAUCUUUUUUAUUAUUUAUAUCAGUUUAAAAUCGAUAUAUCAAACUCUCGAUUGAUUGAUUUAAAUAUAAUUAUCUUGAUUCUUAUGAAAUAGAUAAAAAUAUAAAGUUAUAAAUCUUACGAAUAAAUUUAUAGCUUAAUUCUAUGUGAGGAGGUUAAGGAUGUCUACUAAAUCGAGAAAGAGUUUGUCGUCAUCUUCAUGGCAGCAAUGCGAGAAGUGUCAAUGUACUUUGACACAGAAAGAGAUUUUAUUGCACGAAACAAACUGUCCACCUUCCACAGAAAAUUGGAACCAUUCUUUCAUCUCUGGUGGAGUUUUAUACAGCACAAUAGAAACUUUUCAAUUGCAAGAAUUACCCAAACAUAUCUCGGAGAGAGAUGCUAAUGAUAUGGUGUUUAUAUCACAGUCUGCUUUUCAAUUAUGCGAUAUUGCUAUUGGAUCAUCAAUUGUUGUUGCAACCAAAGAUGAGGCAGUUAUUAAAACAGCCUGGCCAACUAAUGAAAAAAGUUUGACAAGUGUCUCUUUAACGAAGCAUACUAUUGAACUAAAUAAUCUUGUGGGAUUAGUAAAAGUGUAUUUGUUGAAAUCUGAUAUUUAUAUUGCUAAAGAGAUUGUAAUUAAUCAAUUGGGAAAACAUUUAAUAUCCAAUGUAAGCACAGAACUUGAUAAUAUUUUUAAAUAUUUUAACGAGCACAAAAUAUUUGCUGUUGGCAAUAGAAUAAGUGUGCCAUAUUAUGGAAAGAAGUUAGCAUACAAAAUUGUUCAAAUCAAGUUGGAUGAAACUAAGAAAGAGCAAAUUGAUGGAAAUGAUUUAUCAGAAGGUUUUAAAAACAUAGAUUUGACAACUAAUCGAACAAAAAUAACUUUUUACAAAGCAUUGUAUACAACAAAAUGGACAGUCUUGAAUAUUGCAGAAGAUGGAAAUAAUAUCCCGAAAAAACAAUAUAAAAUUGAAGAUAUAGGAGGAUACAGUGCUCUUAUAUCUGAUAUAAGAGAUAUAGUUACAAUAGGUAUUGGCAAAUUCAGAAGUGUAGAGCAUUUUGGUGUAACUAAAGGAUUAUUGUUAUACGGCCCAACUGGUGUUGGUAAAUCAAUGAUAGCUAAUGCUAUAAUUUCUGAAUGUAACGUUAAUGCAUUUAUUGUGUAUAGUUCAGAUAUCUAUAGCAAGUCUAUCUCUGAAACGGAAAAUAAACUUAAAGAAAUAUUCAAUAAAGCAAUGUCAAAUACUCCUAGUAUAAUAUUAUUAGAAGACAUAGAUAAUUUGUGUCCUAAGAGAAGUAACUCCAGCACAGAUCAUGAGAGAAGAGUUCUUGCUCAGCUAAUAACACUUUUCGAUGACCUACAUAGUAUCAAGAGUGACAUAUUAAUAAUGGCUACAACCACGAAAUUAGAUUUCGUAGAUAGUUCUCUAAGAAGACCUGGCAGAUUGGACAUGGAAUUCGAGAUUUAUGUACCAACCCCGAAUAUGCGUACAGAAAUACUAAUAAAAUUACUUUCAAAAAUUCCCAAUACACUUUCACAUGAAGACAUACAGAGCAUUUCAUUUGAUACUCAUGGUUUUGUUGGUGCAGAUUUAUAUGGUUUGUGCUCGAAAGCAAUAAUUAACGCAGUGAAACGCCGGCAAAAGUUCGACGAUGAACCAAAGGUGACUAUGACUGAUUUUUAUAAUGCUUUAAUUACAACAAAACCUUCAGCUAUGAAGGAAGUUUUAGUGGAAGUGUCAAAUGUAAGAUGGUCAGACAUUGGUGGGCAGAAGAACUUGAAACUAAAAUUAAAACAAGCCGUCGAAUGGCCGCUAAAACAUCCUGAAGCAUUUGUAAGAAUGGGUAUUACACCUCCUAGAGGUGUCUUAAUGUUUGGACCGCCAGGAUGUUCGAAAACUAUGAUCGCAAAAGCUCUCGCUACCGAGAGUAAAGUAAAUUUUCUCAAUAUUAAGGGUCCAGAGUUAUUUUCCAAAUGGGUUGGCGAAUCUGAGAAAGCUGUAAGAGAAGUAUUUCGAAAGGCGAGACAAGUAGCACCGUCUAUCAUAUUUAUCGACGAGAUAGAUGCAUUAGGUGGUGAGAGAAGUUCCUCUUCCAAUGGUAGUGGUAGCAACGUGCAAGAACGAGUGUUGGCUCAAUUAUUGACUGAACUCGACGGUGUCACUACUCUGGGAAGCGUCACAUUAGUAGCGGCUACUAAUCGACCAGAUAAAAUUGACAAAGCACUUCUCCGACCUGGACGAUUAGAUCGUAUAAUAUACGUCGGACUACCGGACGAGGAGACCAGACGAGAGAUAUUCGAUAUAAAAGUACGAAAUAUGCCAAUCACGGAUGAUGUAAAUAUCGUGGAUCUGGUUGAUCUAACGGAAGGUUACACCGGGGCAGAAAUCCAAGCUAUAUGUCACGAAGCCGCCAUGAAAGCAUUAGAAGAGAGUCUUCACGCCACCGUUGUUACUAAGAAACAUUUCGAAGCCGCAUUCAAAACCGUCACUCCCAGAACACCCGUUUCCCUCCUCGAGAUUUACGCCGAUUAUAUGAAUAAAGCCUUAUGAGGAUUAUAAGGAUUA